UAAAAUAGUUUAUAUAGGUUGAACAUAAACGGCGCCGUACGGCGCCACGCGACGCCACACGGCGCCACACGAGUCUCCUCCUCCUCCUCCUCGACGCGCAUAGAAAUUAAGGUCGCUCAGCUCAGCUCAGCUCAGUGUGUCUUACGCAUGUCAGAGUAGUAGCUCUGGAUAAAUCACUAUUUAUAUAGAAAAAUACAUUGGAAUGGUGCGCUUGGGAUAAAACAUAACAAUUGUAUUUGUUUUUCUAGAAAAUGGGUCUGACAAAAUUCGACAUCAUUUUUGACAAUCCAUGGAAAAUUUAUUAUCCCGGUCAAACGGUGUCGGGAAAUAUCGUACUGGUUAUUGACGGAGUUAAAAAGAUUCGCGGCAUUUGCGUCAAGGUAAAAGGAGAGGCAAAUACUUAUUGGACUACGGAUAAACAAACGUUGGAUGAUACAGGAAAGUAUUGCGAUGAAAAUGCAACUUUCACUGCACACGAAGAAUAUUUCCAGACGAAAUAUUAUCUUGUUGGAUCGGCUUCCGGAAAUGAAAUCGAAAUACAAGCGGGCGAACACAAAUUUCCGUUUACUUGUAGCUUACCUGCAAAUUUACCUAGCAGCUUCGAAUCUGACUUUGGUCAUGUUCGAUAUACGGUCAAGGCUACCUUAGAUCGCCCAUGGAAAUUUGAUCAGGAUGUUAAAGCGGCAUUCACGGUUGUAUCACCUUUCGAUUUGAAUACGGAAUCGAAAAGUUCGGAACGAAUUGUGGAAGAAAUGAGUAAAUCUUUCUGCUGUCUUUGCUGUGCCAGUGCACCUUUGAACGUAAGUUAUUCGUUACCGGUCAGAGGAUAUGUUCCCGGUCAAUCGAUGCCAAUCAAAGUCAAUGUCGAAAAUUUAUCUACCGUUACUGUUAAUCGUAUUGCUCUGAUUCUUUGCAAGAUCGUGACAUUCCGUGCAACUAAUCCACAAACGGAUACAAGAAUCGAAGAGAUAGUUGUAACGGAAGUUAGUAAAGGUCCUUUCGAUGGCGGAGCUACUGCAGAUUACGAACAAUACUUGGAUGUUCCAGCCCUUCCUCCCUCGAAUCUUAAUAGUUGUAGCAUCAUCGAUCUCGAAUAUCGUCUGAAGGUUGAAGCGUGCGUCGAAGGAUGGUAUCAUCGUAAUUUAAAGAGUGAUACUCUUGUUUUCGUGGGAACAGUACCAUUGGUUAAUUAUCAGACACCAAGUGCUCCUCCUGAGAGUUCUGUCAAGUUUACUGACGACUCGCCAAGCAAAACUUUCGACAAAUUUCACCCGUCUCCUACUUCAAAUUUAUACCCACAAUUACCACCCCCAUCGUACGAGGAAUCAACAUAUGGUGCAAGAAAUCUUCGAGAACGAGGCGAAUCGGAACACGUUAUUGGACUUACGAAUCAUUUCGCACCCAAAUAUCCGUUUUAUCACUUUCCAACAAUUCAAUGAAACAUUUUUGUCUGAAGUAUGCUUUAAUCCAAAUGUUGUUGGAAACAAGUGUUAAUUAUCAAUUUCGCAAACGCUUGACUUCCUAAUGAAAUACAUUUGUUAUAUACAUAUAAGUUACAUUUAAAUCAUUUUGAAUGCAGGAUGAACACACAAAUAUUUUGAUAAUUAAUUCAAAGUAAACUUCACUGCCAGCGUAUAAGUUUAAAGCUUGGAAAAUAUUGAUUGUUUUAUAUGAAAAAUACAAUGUGUGCAAUUUUA